UCUUGGCUCGUGCGCUCCCGCGAGGCGCAGCGGGCAGACAGCAGCGCGCGGCUCGCUGCAGAGACCUGUCUCUUUAAGUUGGUGUCAAAGCCGAUUAGCGCUGAUCUCCGUCGUGAUUCUGUUUUCACCGUCUGUUCUCUGAGUCUAUUUUUGUUUUGCGUUGCUGACGGACCGAGAGGUUUUGUGCAGAGACGCUCGGCGGUUCGAGCGCCAGGUAACUCCACGUCAAAGUUUGGAGCGAAACGUCGCGAAGUGCGGUUUGUUUUCCGCGGCUCCGCUCGGCAGGUUAGCCCGCGUUAAAACCCCGGUCUGAGGAGCUGUGAGUGCGGUGCGCGCUGCGCCGCGGACGCUCCAACUUUUUAUACCAUGGUAAGCCUGGAUUACCUUUUCCUGCAAAUGGAGACACUACCCGCUUUCUCCUCUGUAUCCUUCCGCUAAAAAUAACGGCAGUCCCCGGAGCACAGCGGGAGAUGUGAUGUGAUGCGUCGGGUGACUGUUUGAAGUUGGCACCAAAAAAAAAAAAACCUACCCCGGGUGAACGUAAAAUGCAGAAGAGCGUGCGGUACAAUGAGGGCCACGCUCUGUAUCUGUCGGUGGUUGCGCGUAAAGAGGGCACCAAGCGCGGCUUCCUGAGCAAGAAGACCACGGAGAACAGCCGCUGGGCCGAGAAGUACUUCGCCCUCUACCAGAACGUGCUCUUCUACUUCGAGAACGACCAGAGCACGAGGCCCUCCGGUAUUUACCUGCUGGAGGGAUGCACGUGCGAGCGGGCACCGGCGCCCAAGGUCUCCGCCAUCAGCAAGGAGCCCAUGGAGAAACAGCAGCACUAUUUCCUGGUCAUCUUCGGCCACGAUGGACAGAAACCUCUGGAGCUGCGGACGGAGGAAGAGACAGACUGCAAUGAGUGGGUGGAGUGCAUCCAGCAGGCCAGUUACUCUGACAUCAUCAUCGAGCGCGAGAUCCUGAUGCAGAAGUACAUUCACCUGGUCCAGAUCAUGGAGACUGAGAAGAUUGCAGCCAAUCAGCUUCGCACUCAGCUGGAGGACCAGGACACUGAGAUUGAGAGGCUUAAAGCUGAGAUUGUCGUGUUGAACAAAGCCAAGGAGAGGAUGCAGCCUUACCAGAACAACCAGGAGGAGGAAGACCCGGAUAUUAAAAAGAUCAAGAAGGUCCAGAGUUUCAUGCGUGGCUGGCUGUGCCGGAGGAAGUGGAAGAUCAUUGUUCAGGACUACAUCUGUUCCCCUCACGCUGAGAGCAUGAGGAAGAGGAAUCAGAUCGUCUUCAACAUGGUGGAGGCAGAGACGGAGUACGUCCACCAGCUGUCCAUCCUGGUGAACUGUUUCCUCCGCCCGCUACGCAUGGCCGCCAGCUCCAAGAAACCUCCCAUCAGCCACGACGACGUCAGCAGCAUCUUCCUCAACAGUGAGACCAUCAUGUUUCUGCACGAGAUCUUCCACCAAGGUCUAAAGGCCCGGAUCGCCAACUGGCCCACGCUGGUUCUGGCCGACCUGUUUGACAUCUUGCUGCCCAUGCUGAACAUUUACCAGGAGUUUGUGCGUAACCACCAGUACAGUCUGCAGGUGCUGGCGAACUGUAAACAGAACAGAGACUUUGACAAGCUGCUGAAGCAGUACGAGUCCAACGCUGCUUGCGAGGGACGGAUGUUGGAGACAUUCCUCACGUAUCCCAUGUUCCAGAUUCCACGGUACAUCAUCACUCUCCACGAGCUGCUCGCGCACACGCCUCAUGAGCACGUGGAGCGAAAGAGUCUGGAGUUUGCUAAAUCCAAACUGGAGGAGCUGUCGAAGAUGAUGCACGAUGAAGUGAGCGACACGGAGAACAUCAGGAAGAAUCUGGCCAUAGAGCGGAUGAUCGUAGAAGGCUGUGACAUCCUGUUGGACACAAGUCAGACCUUCGUCAGACAAGGCUCUCUCAUCCAGCUGCCGUCCAGCAGUGAACGGGGCAUGCUCAGUAAGGUCCGCCUGGGCUCCCUCUCGCUGAGGAAGGAGGGGGAGAGGCAGUGCUUUCUGUUCACCAAACACUUCCUCAUCUGCACCCGAACAUCUGGAGGAAAGCUUCACCUGCUCAAGCAAGGAGGAACGUUGUCUCUGAUCGAGUGUACGCUCAUUGAAGAGCUGGAUGCCAGCGAUGAGGACUACAACGCAGCAGGUCAAGGCUUCAGCCAUCUGGAGUUUAAAAUAGUGGUGGAGCCUCCUGACGGUCAGUCCUUCUCUGUCGUCCUCUUGGCUCCGUCUCGCCAGGAAAAGGCUGCGUGGACCAGCGACAUCAGCCAGUGCAUCGAUAACAUCCGAUGUAACGGCCUGAUGACCAGUGUGUUUGAGGAGAACUCCAAAGUUUCCGUGCCGCACAUGAUCAAGUCUGAUGCCCGACUGCAUAAAGACGACGUUGACAUUUGCUUCAGCAAGACGCUCAACUCCUGCAAGGUCCCACAGAUCCGAUACGCCAGCGUGGAGCGUCUGCUGGAGCGACUCACGGACCUGCGCUUCCUCUCCAUAGAUUUCCUCAACACCUUCCUCCACACUUACAGGAUCUUCACCACAGCUGCCGUGGUCAUUGACAAGCUGGCGGACAUCUACAAGAAACCGUUUACGUCCAUACCUGUCAGGAUUGAGCAGCAUUCAUGUGACCGUCUGUCCAUCAUGUCCCUCUGUCCUGACUACAGUCUGAAGAUCACACAGCUUGCACUGGACCAGUCUAAGUCUCUGGAGCUCUUCUUCGCGACCAACCAGGGCGCCUGGGGAACGGACCCCCUGAACAACAAAUCCCCGAGGCUCUGCCGCAAGUUCUCCUCUCCUCCUCCCCUCUCCAUCCCCUCCCGCACCUCCUCCCCCGUCCACUGUCGCAAGCUCUCCCUCAGCUCCCCGAUCAGUGUGAAAGCGGGAGCCUUGGACCUGUCUACCACUCCCUCCUCCUCUGCAGCCAAUUCCCCCACCUCCAGUCACAGCCCCUCCAUCUCCUCUCCUCCUCCCAGCUCAACCAGGCCCCCCUCGGGCUUUUCCUCCCCUCCGCCCACCGCCACGCGCUCUCCCAGCCUCCCCCAGGCCUCUGGGGUGUCCUCGCCUCCUCCCAUUUCCACCAAGGCCCCUCUGGACCUCAGCCGUGGUCCCAGCUCCCCAGAGCUGAGCCCAGCUGCAGGGGAGGACGUCAGCGGAGAGCUGCCUCGCAUCGACGCCUUCUGUGGGAAGCUGAGGAGAAGCAUCCGCAGGGCUGUCUUAGAGUCAGUAUCUCUGGACAAGUUUAUUCCUGAAUCACCUGCGAGCAGCGAGCCGGGCGACUUGUCUCCCUGUCGCUCACCUUCGACGCCGAGGCAUCUCCGCUACCGACAGACAGGAGUCACAUCAGGGGAGAACUCUCGCUGUACGAUGUCGCCGGCUUCAGCGUUUGCGAUCGCCACUGCCGCCGCCGGGCACAGCAGCUCCCAGGGUUUUAGUAAUUCUGAAAAGGCCUGUGACAAAGAAUUCAUAAUUCGCAGAGCUGCUACCAACAGAGUUCUCAAUGUGCUGCGACACUGGGUUUCCAAACACUCUCAGGACUUUGAAAUGAGCAGCGAGCUGAAGAUGGGGGUGAUAAGUCUCUUGGAGGAGGUGCUGCGGGAUCCGGACCUGCUGCCGCAAGAGAGGAAAGCAACAACAAACAUAUUAAGUGCCCUUUCACAAGAAGAACAGGAUGAUGCUCAGCUGAAGAUAGAGGACAUAUUACAAAUGGCCGAGAGUCCUAAGGCAGAGUGCUUUGAGUCUCUCUCAGCGAUGGAACUGGCAGAACAGAUCACUCUGCUGGAUCACAUUGUGUUCAGGAGUAUUCCCUACGAGGAGUUCCUCGGUCAGGGCUGGAUGAAGGUCGACAAGACUGAGAGGACUCCGUACAUCAUGAAGACCAGCCAGCACUUCAACGAUAUGAGUAACCUGGUGGCGUCUCAGAUAAUGACCCACACUGACGUGGGCUCCAGGGCCAGCUCUAUAGAAAAAUGGCUGGCGGUGGCAGAUAUCUGUCGCUGCCUCAACAACUACAACGGCGUGCUGGAGAUCACCUCUGCUCUCAACCGCAGUGCCAUCUACAGGCUGAAGAAGACCUGGGCCAAAGUCUGCAAACAGACAAAGGCUCUAAUGGACAGGCUGCAGAAGACAGUGUCCUCAGAGGGGAGGUUCAAGAAUCUCAGAGAGACACUGAAAAACUGUAACCCUCCAUGUGUGCCGUACCUGGGCAUGUACCUCACUGACCUGGCUUUCAUUGAGGAAGGAACCCCCAACUUCACUGAGGAGGGCCUGGUGAACUUCUCCAAGAUGAGGAUGAUUUCUCAUAUCAUCCGCGAGAUUCGUCAGUUCCAGCAGGCACCGUACAGGAUAGAGCACCAGCCCAAGGUGACUCAGUUCCUCCUGGAUAAGACGCUGGUGAUGGAUGAAGAUACCCUCUAUGAGCUGUCGCUGAAGAUUGAACCCCGGGUUCCACCUGGCUAAUUAUAAUCAUCAUCACACAAACACGAAAUCUUAACACGCAAUUUUUUUCAGCACAAACAGGCAAACAGUGAAUUAAGGCAACUCGAGUCUGACUCUUAGUGAAACGGGAGGAUGUUGCAUCGAACACCACCGGUUACUGGGCUCAGGACACUCAGGAGAAAAUGUGCCUUGCUGUAUGAAUAUCUGAUGUGUAUAUUUAGCAAACACAACGGACUCUGUGACACAAAACUCUUUGCCAUACAAUUGUACAGUUAUGACUGUAGAAACAACCAUGUUAGCUACUGAACGUGGCUUUAGAAAGUAACCAGUUGCUGCUAUCACACUGUAAAUACCAAACAAUCUGCCUCUGUAGUCUUACACAUCUGCUCAGAUGGGUUCUGUAUUACAUGUCUGACCGCGGCCAGGUUGACCUGCUUGUGGGGGCGAACCGUUAUUACCCCCUCUGUGCACUGUGUCUGUGUGCUGGCCCCAGGUUUGCUGUGUGGCAGCUUCCAAAUGAAUUCACACAGAUGCACCAUGUACACACGGCAUCUACACGGGGUGUCUAAGGAGAACUGGAAGCUGCUGUUGCAGUGAAAGUUGAUCACGGGGAUCAAACGCAGAAACAGGUUUUUUCAGCUCAUGGAGGAAACACCUCACAGGGCAGCAGAACACGCUGCGAGCUCUGAACAUCGACAUCUCAGCUUAUAAAGCUGAGGUGAAGUGGAACAGACACAGAGGAACAUUACAUUUAUCUGGAGUUCUGUUUGUGUCCACCUGAUGAAUGUAACUCUCCAUUUAACUUAAUUUCCAUAGAGCCAAAACAAUGAGCUGAAAGAUGCUAAAAUACUGUGUAGAGUUAAAGGGGGCUGAGGAGUCGGGUGAGGGUUCUCUCUGGGUUUGUCGCUAUGAGCCAACGCUUGCACUUAACGCCGUCAUUUCAACCACUUUCAGUAUUUAAACGUUGAUCAGUGCUGCUGUUAAUGCCGUUCACUCACGCCUGCAGUCAGCUGACUCAGGAGAAGGACCCGGGCACAGAGCGUUCCCCACAGAACGCGGCUGUUCCUGCGAGCUAAGACCUCUUCAGCACAGGGUUUCUGGGGAUCCUGGGAGUCUGGGUCCCUGGGUGAGUUGGCCGCUUGGUUUUCCAGCCUUUUGUAUGAUACGUCUGUGUGCAGAGACACGCUGGGUUUCCUAAUCAGCUGGAGCACAGUCCAAAUAUUUAAUCUACCUUAAUACUUACUGACUCGUCUGUGUGUCUGUGUCAACUCCGGCUUCACCUCAACAUUUUUAUAUCUUUACUCAUCUGUUAACACAAAAGGAUUCUGUUGUUGUUGCUGUUAUUCUACAGCAUUUGCAUGUUACAGCAAAAAUCUUUGUAUAUUACAAACAUUCCAAAUCUGAAAAUAUGCUUAUAUCAGAUAUCAAAUACUAGAUAUUGUUACGCGUCUUUACAAUCAAAAGCACGUCUGCUUCAAUUCACGUCUUUUCAGUUUUGUAAUUUUAGUCAUUUUGUACACGAAAGUUUCAGAUUUUGAAAAUAGUUUCAUGUCUGCGCUUUUUUAAAAGAACUGGCCCAAAAAGUUUCUCACAUUCAAAACUCAGCAGUUCCAUUUCUUUUCCACGUCUCGCUGGUUUUAUUGGUUCCUCAUCGAUAUGAUCAUUUAAUCAUGUUCAUAUUUUAAACCUUGUUGACUGUGGUAGUAAAAUAGUAAUAACUUUGCACUAUUGCUUUAUAAAAAAAGUCAGUAGACUCUAAACUCGUUUAUAGCAUGAAUAUAGCAUGAUGUCCCCUCCUUCCUCCAGAUCACUGUUAUCCUGGUAGGUGACUGUUACUGAGGUUUGUUAGGUUUGUUCUUGUUCUGCUCGUUUCCUGAUGUCAGGAAUCUUUGAACGAUCUAAUGCAUUAGUGUAUAAGACCCUUGCUUUCUUACACUUUUAUUUUAAAUUCAACUUUUGCUGUUGUAAUUUUUCCAUUAAUUUCUCUGUGUACAGAUAUUUACACACUCACAGGCUUCAAAAUAAAAGAAAAUGUGAA